UGAAGCUUUAUUUGUCCUAAAUGGGGAAUCUACUUUUUGAAAAAUGCAGAUUUCACUUCUCAAACCCGGCUCGCUCGACUGCAAAAAAUUUUAGAAGCAAUUUAGGAAUAAGGAGACUCAAGCUAGGAAUUUUUCAUCUUAGAAGCUGUAUGGAGACACAAGAAACAGAUAGGAGGAAAAUUAGCAGGCUGGGAUCGGGAUUUAGCCUCAAAACUCAUGAGCAAGACUUUGAGCUUGGAGGUCUACCCUCUAGGAGUGACUCCCAGCUCCGUACCUUACUCAAUACCGCAUGGGCACCACUCUCAUCGCUCUAUCUGGCUAAAGAACAGGAUAUUCACACGUAGGUUGAAAGACGGAUGGAUUUAUAAAUAAGAAAAUAUAAUUGAGAAAGUAAUAGUCCAAGUUUGGUAUUCUCGUUCUACAAUCUUCAUUGACAAACUCAGAUUCGUCUUUCAAAAGUAGUCUCUGGGUGGCCUUCCCACCCAACUCAGAGAGGCUGCCUGGCUGCUAUUUCCUAAUAGAGAUAUAUAAAUACGAAUGUGAAAUAUUUUAUUUGUAGCAUAUAUCUAGAUGAAGCUGGAAUGGCGCACUAAAAUUAGAGUCUUGAGAACCAAGCCAUAAACUGUUUUGUU